UCAAAAUCAUCAAAACAUCUUAAAUGGAAAAAUAAUUACAUAAAUAUUACCAUGUUGAUGUCCGACAAAAGGCACCUCAACGAAUAACCAUAAUGCCAAAUUGCAAUAAAAUAAAAAGACCAUGCAAAAUCUGCUUUGAAACAGUUUCCGAGAAGAACGGUAUACAAUGUCAAGGUGCGUGUCAGACUUGGGUGCACUUUACCUGCUUAAAUUAUACACCUGGGAAGAUUAAAGAUAUAAAAGCUGGCAUAAUAAAAGUUACCUGCCCUUGUCCAGACUGUAAUACAACUCUACCAAAGGAAUAUCGUAAAGAUGAGCCGUUUAGCUGUAACAAUACAAAAUGUCCCGCAAAUCACUUACCAAAAUGUGGGAAUGUGACAUGCCCCAUUAAUAAGGGUGUGGUCGUUGAUGAGCUUCCAACAGCCACCUGUGCUUUAGAUAGAUGUGGGAAGAGCUGCAAGACAUACAGUCACCCACAAUUGUAUACUGAACCAGAGCCGCAGCCUAUACCACCGUGUGCGCCUCCAAAAUAUUAUGAGUCACCUUCGACAUCAGGUUCUGUAGAUGGUUGUCAUGAUUUUAACAAAUGCCCAUCUGGAUGCGCUUUAUUUCAAGAUAUUCCUGGUGAUUAUGGACGGUAUUACGAUGCAACUGCUCCAUCUAUGGGUACGCUUGAACAAAUAUGUGCCACAGUUGGGCAACUUACAAACCAAAUUAACAAUCUUAUGUCAAAAAUGCAUCAAUCAGGCAAAGAUAAAAGUGAAGGAAAUUCUUGUAUUCACAAGGGCCCUAGGUCCAAGUGUCCUAAGCCUUGUUUUUGUCCUGGGAACCCUGCACGAAAAAAUUGAUAGUUUUCUAUGAAAGAUAAUUAUUAACUGUAUUGUUCAUAUCUAUAACGUAAACUGUUGCAAUUAGAGAAUAAUAUCAUUCCUGUUUGUAAUAUAUUUUAAUUUAUGACAAUUAUAAUAUCAUA